GAAUCGACUGACUAGAGAGUGACCACUUCGAUCUACUAUAAAUGUUGGGAGUUGUGAGCUGAUCUCUUUCAUUAUACCACUAAAAUCAAAGCUAAGCUAGGUCAAUAUGGGUGAGUUUAAACACUUGGUGAUAGUCAAGUUCAAGGAAGAUGUAGCUGUGGAUGAAGUUGUCAAAGGAAUGGAGACUUUGGUCUCUCAGGUUGAGUCUGUCAAGUCCUUCGAAUGGGGAAAAGAUGUGGAAAGCAUAGAGAUGCUAAGACAAGGAUUCACUCAUGCAUUCUUAAUGACAUUUGAGAAGAAAGAAGAUUUCACAGCAUUUCAAGGCCACCCCAAACAUGUGGAAUUCUCAUCAACUUUUUCAGUUGCUAUAGACAAGAUUGUGGUGCUUGAUUUUCCUACUCUUCUUGUCAAGACUACACCAGCUUGAAUUUCAAUUUACCUAUUAAUUUAUAAUUAUUAAAAAAAAAUUGUUGUUCAAGAAAUAGCCUUAAAUCCCUAUGUGUUUAAUGGCUUUGUUUGUGUUUUUAUGAAUGUUAUUUAUUAUGAGUGUGUUUUUUUUUCUUGUAAAAAUCAUGCUUGAUUAUGUAGAUCAUUAAGUUUGAUUA